AUGGGUGCUGCGGACAAAACCAAGUCCUGGGCGUCUAAGACCAAGCAGACCCUAGCCCAGCAGUACGAGACUGAUCCAAACAUCAACAGAGUCAAGGGAUGGGUUGAACCCGUUUCGAGGCGCCUUCCAUCCGCAACUGUUGACUAUCUCGUUGAGAAGUUGCCGGUUGCACAAUGGCUUCCUCACUACCACUAUAAGUGGCUGGUUCAGGAUGUUAUUGGAGGCAUUACUGUGGGUGUCAUGUUCAUCCCCCAGGGCCUUGCCUAUGCCAAAAUUGCCACCAUUCCUGUAGAGCACGGUCUGUACUCUUGUUGGAUCCCAUCUGCUUUGUAUUUCUUCCUCGGAACUUCGAAAGAACUCUCCACCGGUCCAACCUCUAUCCUAGGUCUCCUUACCGCAGAGGUUGUUGCCGAUCUUUCUUCCGAAGGCUAUGGUGCUGCUGCUAUCUCGUCUGCUGUUUGCUUCAUGGUCGGUGUUUUCACACUUGCCAUAGGUCUCCUCAAGCUCGGUUUCCUCCUCGACUUCGUCUCCGCCCCUGUCCUGACGGGAUGGAUCUCCGCUGUUGCCCUUGUGAUUCUCAUGGGUCAAAUCGAUAGCUUGAUUGGCAUGGACGUCCCCUCGGGCACAGCGGAGAUCAUCCGCGGCAUCCUAGGGCAUCUCAACCAAAUCCAACCGUUGACCCUCGCUAUAGGCUUCACUAGCAUCUUCGUCCUUGUCGUCCUCGAACAGGUCGGAAAGCGAUGGGGCAAGAAGAACAAGUACCUCAAGAUCCUCUCAACGAGCCGUGCCGUCGUGGUCCUCAUCCUCUACACCCUCAUCUCAUACCUGGUCAACCACAACCUCGAAGCCGAUGAUUAUAAGUGGGAGGUCACCAAGGUCAAGACGAAUGGACUCUGGACACCUCGAGUUCCAGAGGGCACUCUCUUGAACAAGGUCAUUGCCCGAUCAUUUGCUCCUCUUAUUGCCAUGGCGGUGGAGCAUCUCGGUGUUGGAAAGGCAUUCGGGCUUCGAAACAGUUAUAACAUCGAUAAGAGUCAGGAGUUGGUCUUCUUGGGUGUCUCGAACCUGAUCAACAGUUUCUUUGGUGCCAUGACCACCGGUGCUGCCAUGUCCCGUACAGCAGUAAACUCGGAGUGUGGUGUUCGAACACCUGUCAACUUUCUGUUCACCGCUGGCUGGAUCAUUCUCACCUUGUACAAGCUGGCUCCAGCCUUAUACUGGAUCCCCAAGGCCACACUCUCUGCAAUCAUUAUCAUGGCUGUCGUCAAUCUCAUCUCGCCCCCUCGCCUCUUCUACCGCUACUACCGCAUGUCCUUUGUCGACUUCACAGCCUCCAUGCUGGGGUUCUGGGUCACUCUCUUCACCUCAACUGAAAUCGGACUGGCCACCGCAGUAGGCUUCAACAUUGUAGUGACACUCCUCCGUCUCGCCUUCCCACGUCUCAUCAAGCUCUCCCACACCGAGACAGAGACCCUCCAAUGGGACAUCCCCAAACCCAGCCCGGCCGCGGACGCCAUCGACGUCCCCGCCAACGCCUUCUACGUCCGCUUCACUGACGACCUCCUCUUCCCCAACGCCGAGCGCCUCAAGAGCGAGAUCGUCCAGGCCGUCAAGGUGCGCUACGAGCCGGCCUCCAACAAGAUCGACCUCAAGUCCCCCGACCGCAGCUGGAACGUGUCGGACCUGAAGCGCAUCCCGCGCAUACGCAAGCGCCUGGGCAUCGCGCCCAUCCGGUCCGACGUGGCGCAGCUCCAGCACGUCGUGCUCGACUUCGGCAUGGUGACCUUCAUGGACAUCACGGGCACGCUGUCGCUGAUCGAGCUCAAGAUGGAGCUGAGGCGCUACAUCGGGAGGGACCUGCAGUUCCGGUUCAUCGGGAUGACGGACCCCGUCAAGGAGCGGUUCCGGCGCUCGGAGUGGCAGUUUGCCUAUGUCGGCGAGCCGCGGUCUGAGGAGUGCGACGUGAUCUAUUCGUCGCUUCAGGAUGCGCUGUUCCAUGGGUAUGACAGCGAUGACAACAGGGAUGAUAAGGAGGAGGUGAUGGCCUCUGAGAAGAGGAUAGAGGAGGUUUAG